AUGAUCGUUCGGCUGACGUGUUCAUGGGGCUGGCACAGAACCUUGGGAACGGCUGGUGUGAUCAUCAAGAUCUUGCAGAUGGCAGGCGUCGAGGUGGUCCUGUACUCCGCCCGCUUGUCGAUGGCCCCUGCGGUGGAUUGCAGCAAUGUCAUCGCCUUUCUGCAAGGGACUAUGCGAACCCUUUCGCAAAACAUGUAUGAUGACAUCACCGGGAAGCCUUGGACCGAUGAGGACUUCAACAAUGCCUUGGAGAGGGCUCGAAACCUGUGGAGAGAAGUCUACCCUCAUUGCCGGAUUAGCUUUCGGGAAAAGUCGGUGGCUCCACCCCCCCCGGGGGGGCCUCCCCCUCGGGCAGAGCCAGCCUCAGCCUCAAGUGUGAAGAGGGAGCCAUCCCCCACAGCCUCAGCCUCAAGUGUGAAGAAGGAGCCAUCCUCCACAGCCUCAGCCUCAAGUGUGAAGAGGGAGCCAUCCCCCACCGCACCUGAGCCAGCCCCAAAGGUGGAAGAGCCAGCCCCUGUCAAGGAGGAAAAGAUCGGUAUGCCGCCAGGGCUUGUGGAUGAGCUCCAAACCAUGAGCCCAGCACAGAAGAAGGCCAGGUGCUAUUAG